AGGGCGACCAGGCUUGGAAGAGGAACAAGAUGUGGACCGUCACCAACGCGCCGCAGGUUGGCGGCCUCGGGGGGAUGCCCGUGCUCAUGGAGGCGGAGCCUUGGGCCCCCGGUUCGGACGCCCCGCCGCCGCCAGAGGACACGGUGGUCCGAUGGCUGUCCAAUGGGGACACAGUGGAACAGGUGGGCCACUCCAAGAAGGUUCACGGGUACAUGGUCAUGCCGAUCAGGUGCCUGAGGCCGGGGGAGGACGCCGACGGCAAGGGUGACACCGCGGCAGAGGGCUGGGUCACCCGUCGGCUCGUGGACAAGGAGAGGGCCCGCGGCGGGCAGCACGUCGUCUGGUUCGAUGAGGCGGUUGGCGCCAGAGGCGCGGCCCGCGCGCCGCCGGAACCCGCCGACAAGGGGGCUGGCGAUGACGCUUGGGCGGCCUUCAUGGCGAAGUGACCUCCGACCUCCCCGCCUCCCCCUGUUGGCGGCGCGAAGAGUUGGGUAGGGGUGACCGCCAGCCUCCCCCCUCCCUUGUUUCGAGGCGGGGAUGAACCACCGCCCAGAGGAUCGAUUUUCGCAGACCUCCACAGGCGGUGGA